AUGGAAGAGUAUAGUGAAUCAUUAGCUAAAAAAUUUAAAUCCAGAUCUGGAAACGAAAGUAGUAGUGAGGAGAAUGAUUUGUCUGAUGAAUUCAGUGUGGAAGAUAAUAUGUCUAGGUCUCGUAAAUUUCAGCCUACUAAAAGUCGAUGGACAAAGGAAGAAGAUAUUAGGUUAAAACAAUUAGUAGAAGAAUAUCCAGACAAUUGGGCUGUGAUAGCCCAACAUUUUCCACAAAGAUCAGACUUACAGUGUCAGCAAAGAUGGCAUAAAGUUGUUAACCCAGAGCUAGUCAAGGGUCCCUGGACAAAAGAGGAAGAUGAAACAGUAGUAAGCCUAGUGGAGCGAUUUGGACCUAAAAAGUGGACAUUGAUUGCUAGACAUCUAAAAGGUAGGAUUGGAAAACAGUGUCGUGAAAGAUGGCAUAACCAUCUUAAUCCUAAAAUUAAGAAAACAGCCUGGACUGAUGAGGAAGACAAGAUAAUAUACCAAGCCCAUCAGCAAUUAGGAAAUCAGUGGGCUAAGAUAGCCAAACUGUUACCUGGAAGGACUGAUAAUGCUAUAAAGAACCAUUGGAAUUCAACAAUGAGAAGAAAGUUUGAACACGAUGAUAAAAAUGAAAAGGAGUUUAACGUUAGUUUUACUAAAUCGAAAAAUUUGAAAAUUAAAGCAAGAACUUCGUUAACUUUAGAUUCAAGAGUUUCAGCUGGAUUAAUCCAUGAUACUAAUACUAAUUUCUCAGAAAAAUUAUCCAAUGAACAAAGAUUCCAAAAAUUUGAGGUUCAGGAGGAAUAUGUUCAUCAAAUUCAGCAUCCUAACACUCCUGUUAAGUCACCUCCUUUAAAGCAGUUGCCAUUUAGUCCAUCCCAGUUUCUUAAUAGUCCAAAUUUAUCGUUUGAUGUAAAUUUGGCCUCAACACCGGUUCGACAUGGUUGUGUUACACCAGUUAAAUCAGGCAUCGAAUCACCAGACACAUUAGUUACCCCAACCCCACUUCCUUUAAAUUCAGCCAAUAGCACUCCAGAUUCUGAAAAAAGGACUGAAUAUACACCUAUUAAAAUAAGGCAGAACCUUGGUACACCUCGUACUCCAACUCCAUUUAAAAAAGCUUUAGCGGAAAUGGAGAAGAGGAUAGGACUAAAAUACCAUCCUCAAACACCAUCACGCUUAGUAGAAGACAUAGAAGAAAUCCUUCAGAAAGAACAGGGAGACCAUUCAGACCACUCAUAUGAAACAGAUUCUAAUAGUAAUAAACAGGGCAUUGAAGACAGUGGUUAUUCGAGUAAACGAAAAUCUAAUGUUUUACAUCAAGGAAAGGAAAAUGCACAACCUCAUAAGAGAGCUCGGAAAGCUCUUGCUUCUACAUGGUCAAAUUCUGGAUUAGAAAUGCUCAAUUCAUAUACGCUUAAGGAUUCUGAUGAUUCAACAGUUAUAGUUACCCCUCCAAAUACAAAUUACUUUGAUGAUGAUGACCUGGAGAUAUACGAAACACCUUCAAGUUAUCUUGAUACUAAGAAACCCAGGAGCUGCAAGUUUGCCGAUUCAAGAAGAUCAGUGGUCAAGCGAAUCGAUUUUGGAUACUCCACCAAAGAGCGUAGCUUACCUCAGGUGGAUGUGAAAUGGGAGAUGGUUGCUUGUGGAAAAACAAAAGAUCAGGUCGUCUUGACUAAGUUAGCUUACCGAUACCUUAACAAAGCUGAAACUGUAUUUAAAACUUGUAUUACUACACAACACUCCAAUAGUUCUAGUCUGACUUAAAUUUUAUAUUUUCAAUAUUUUGUAAACAAUUACUGAAAGUGAUAGUCUCUUAGACUUUAAAUGAUAUUAUUAAGUGUACAGUUCAUAUUUAAAUUUAGUACUUAUUCUAGCAAAU